AUGGAUGCUCUAUUCGACACCUUCGCGGAUCUUCAGCUGAAGCCCGGAAGCAGCAUCCCACACUACGGCGUGUGGGUUGGGCAGCCCACUCGCUAUACCGCGCAAACCCUCCAACAAGAUCCUACCUCUCCUCACAUCUACCUCUAUUUCACCGACUCUCCCUCGUCCUCCAGCUCGAAGGAGCCCGAAGCCGCCAUCAAUGUCAGAUCCACCGACAAUGAUCACCGCCUUGUCUUCUGGCUCACUCGAAACUUCACCAACCCCAUUACCUCGCAGCUGGAUGACUUGGACGAAGGCUUCCAUCUUCUCAGCGAGUAUGCCCAUCGCAAAAAUCGUAGCUAUAACAGCCACCAUCACAGCCACCACCACGAAAGCCGCCACAACAACGAUGCCGCAACCACCUUGAAAGGCCUGGACUUCAUUCGCACUCCAGGGCUUGUGGACAUAAAGUCAGGCAGUGUGCUCCCCACCGAGGCCAAGGGAUCCAAUAACGACAUCCUUGACAAGUUGGAGCCCAUCCUUACCGAUGCCAUCAACCAGAAAGCUGCCAUGUACAUUUUCGGCUCAUCCUACGGCUCAGGGAUUCACGACAUCCACAUGAACCAAGGCAGUGCCCCAUCAUAUGAAAAUGGAAUCUAUGACGAUGGCGCCUUGCUCUUCAAGUUCGCUGACGGGCAUUGGGAGGCCGUCUUUUUGGCUUUUGCCUCGCAGAGGAUCCCUACGAAUGACAAGGGGGAGUAUGAGCAGAACAGCGAGUCGUUGGCCGCUAUUCUUGGCCAGGCUAAUAGCAGUGACCAGUAA